AGAUGAAGUUUUGUUCUGGAAAAAUUAAUGCCGUGAAAACAAAAGUAGUGUAUUGGUCUUCCUGUGGAAGAGGGCUACUCAAGGGGCCUAGCACCCACAGUAGAUCACGGGCUCACUAUACCGGCUGAUGCAAGAUUCGAAAGAAAAACUAUUGAAUGCAUACUGUUUACAGUAGGAAACUAGUGAAAUCUUUACUCGAUCGCUUAGUUAUUCGGCUAUCUGCAAGAAGAAACAUGGCAGCCACUAUAGACGACGGGAGUAAUGGGAAUUUAGAGGAGAAUUUCGAGCAAGUUGUGACGAUGGAGACGGUCGUAGCUGCAGAUAACAAGGGGAUAGACUAUAACAAGUUGAUCAGAGACUUUGGAUGUUCUGCACUAAAUGAGUCUCAUCUUGAAAGAAUUGAAAGAAUAACUGGUAAACCACCCCAUCACCUCUUGAAGAGAGGGGUAUUCUUUUCACACAGAGAUCUAGAUGCCAUGCUUGACAUGUAUGAGAAAGGUCAACCAUUUUACCUGUACACUGGUAGAGGACCAUCGUCAGAGUCAAUGCACUUGGGACAUCUUAUCCCUUUUAUAUUCACAAAGUAUCUACAAGAAGCAUUCAAUGUCCCUUUAGUCAUUCAAAUGACUGAUGAUGAGAAAUUCUUCCUGAAGAAGCACCUUACAAGCGAGGAAACACACAGACUAGGCUAUGAAAAUGUUAAAGAUAUAAUUGCUCUGGGAUUUGAUCCCAAAAAUACCUUUAUUUUUUCAGAUAUUGAUUACAUAGGGAACAGUCCAUCAUUCUACCAAAAUAUCAUUAAAAUUCAAAAAUGUAUUACCUUCAACCAAGUCAGAGCUACUUUUGGUUUUGUAGAAACAGAUAGUAUAGGUAAAAUAGCCUUUCCUGCUGUUCAAGCAGCUCCAGCUUUCUGUAGUUCAUUUCCUGAGACUUUUGGAAGCAGAAAAGAUGUACCAUGUCUGAUCCCUUGUGCCAUUGACCAGGAUCCUUAUUUUAGGUUAACAAGAGACGUGGCUCCAAGAAUCGGCUUCCAUAAGCCUUCUCUGAUCUUCUCAACAUUCUUCCCAGCCCUUCAAGGAGCUAAGACCAAGAUGAGUGCUAGUGACCCAAAUUCCUCGAUCUUUCUCACAGAUACGCCAAACCAAAUCAAGAAAAAGAUAAACAAGUAUGCAUUCUCAGGAGGAAAGGUUACUGUUGAAGAGCACAGAGAACUGGGUGGUGAUAUAGAGGUUGAUAUUCCCUACAAAUAUUUGACUUUCUUCGUGGAGGAUGAUGCAAAAAUGGAACAAAUUAAACAGGAUUAUUGUAGUGGUAAGAUGUUGUCAGGAGAGAUCAAGAAGGAACUGAUCCAAAUAUUGCAGCCACUAGUAGCAGCCCAUCAAGAAAGACGCAAGCUUGUAACAGAUGAAGUCCUUGCGGAGUUCAUGAAACCAAGGAAAUUAGAAUUCCCUGGACUGAAGGAGCCGAAGAAGAAAUAAUUUAUGUCUACAAAAUAAUAUUAACUAAUAAAUGGUCUUACACUUCAGUUUUCCAUUUUGUUAUGUAGCUAUAGGCUAGCCUCAUUUUUGUGUUUAAUGUCCAUGCUUAUUAGAUCUAGACUCUAUCUGUUCAGAGGUCUGUAAAUGGUUGAAGUGUCAGCUGUAUUUUUGUUAAAAGAUGUGAAUUCUUUUUCUCUGCAAUGAAUAUAUAUAAAAUUUGUAAACAAUUGUACAUUAAAAUGAAGCUAGCCCUGUGAAACUACCUCUGAAGCCAAAAAAAACCCCAAAAUCUUGAAAUUGCAGUAUUGCAAGAGUUUUGAUACAAAGACAAUUCAAACACUCAAUAUAAACUAUCAAACUGUAUAAAUAUUCUUUAGGAUCAGUUGUCUUCAUGCAAGGCCUUGCUUUUUUUAUGCUGGAAUUAAUAAUUUGAAGAAUGAAUUUUGAUUUAUUAAAUGUGGCCUAUAGAAAUGA